GUUUUCUUAAAAAAUGUCUCUUUAAUUUGAUUUAAAUUAACUUUCCUGAAUUUAAGGUUCUUACUUUUAUUCGGGCAACAGGGCAGAGUGCCCCAAAAAAUUUUCUUUAUUAGCCUCCUUAUAAACCCUAAGUAACAAAAAACUUUAAACCCUUUCUUUUUUAGUCCCUUCACCUAGUCUCUUCACCUCCCGCCUCUCCAAUUGAUAUUCACUCCCCUUUCCCAAAAAAUGCUUACUUCUCAUUAGGAAAUAAAGCCCUUUGAAUGAUUUUGUUCUGGGUGGUUGUUAGAAAUUCGAUUCACACCAAAAUAUUACUUUUUCUGAUCAAGUUAUUGGAGCCCAACUGAAAAACUUCCAUGUAAAAGCAUCUACGUUGAUAUAAUUAUUGAUUCGAAUUAGUAAUUUUCAGAGUUCAAAUUUGAGGUCAAAUUGAAGAAAUCAGUAAUGGGUCCGACGUGCAAGAGAAGAACGACAAGGAGCAGCAGCAUAAGAAAAUCGACGGCCAGGAUUGCUACCAUUCAAAAGAAGAAAGCGGUUUCGCAAAAGUCGUCGACAAAAAUGGCGGAAUCUCCGGCGACGGCGGCUGCUCUUCAAAAUCAACCGUGUAAUAACAUCGCAACUCCCAGAAAGAGCUCCGACAUCAUUUCUAUUUCUACAUCCACAAUCGAAGAUGACUAUGAUUUUGUUCAAAUGUCGGAAAAAUCACCGGAUUAUUGCAGCCCUUGUACGACGCCGAGGUCGGAGAAAUUUCGCAUCCCGGAGAUUCAAACUUGUCCUCCGGCACCAAAGAAACAAAGGGUCACUAAUUAUUCGACGUUAACUCGAAGGCCGAUAGCUUUUUUCGCUCCGCCGGAUGUGGAACUGUUCUUCUUUGUCGCCUUACGGGAUAUUCCGGCAGCUUGAAGUAAGGAAAAAAAAUGAAAGAUUAAUUAAUCAUGACUUGAAUUAGGCCUUUGAUUAGUGGUUUUUUUUUUAAUAGAUUGCCCCAAUUUAAAAUAUAUCUAAGUGUGAGAAUUGUGUGCUUUUUUGAGUGUUUGAUUCUUAGAAGAAGAAGAAGUAGCAUUAGAUUUUGGGGCUUUUGGUAUUUUUUUCUCUGUUAGGCUUUUUGUUUUUGUGUAGAGUAUACUACUAAUAAGAUAAACUUUUUUUAGGGACUUUUUCUUUCAAAUAGUUUCUCUUUAGAGGAUUGGUGGGGGGUUUUGGGGUACCCCUCUUAUGAUCCGACUUUAUAAGUGUGUGGUUGAUUAUAUAUGUACUCAUUCCACCAAUUAGGAGGUUUAAGAAUGCAAUAUUGAUCCAUGGUUGUGAUCAUCAUGUGUUCCUUAAUUUUCUGUAUAAAUCAUAUUUAGAUUGUUUGUCGUA